CUCGCGAAUCCAUCGCCGGUCUUGAAACCGCGAACGUGCCAAUACCUGAGACGAACGUCGUGUCAUACGUCUUCAGCAACCCCUUCCAUGAGUCGAAGGUGGCUGUUACCCAUGCCCCGACAGAGUAUCUCCGGAAAGCCGGGUUGAAGCAUCACAUACCGCCAGCAAGGCCGAUUUUCAUUCACCCGCAUACUGGCGCGCAGAUCAGUUGGCUGCGGCUGAAGCAGGACGUGGAGAGGCUCGCGGAUGGGUUCAGGAGUAAGGUUGGUCUGAGGCCCUCCCCCUUGAAGGGAGACGCACCGUACACAGUAUCCUCGCCGGUUCUGCUUCAUCUGCCAAAUUGCUUGCCGUAUGUUCCGAUAAUGCUGGGGGCAGCUGCCGCAGGGCUUACUGUGACUAUGUGUAACCCUUUCUACACACCUGGCGAACUCCUCCAUGUCUUGCACACAGCCCGCCCAGCUGUCAUUAUUACCACGCCAACUGGACUUUCAACCCUGAAAGAGGCAGCGAAACAGCUGGAUGACAAAGAGCAGGCGCGCAUUUACAAGGAAUGUGGGCGCGUCUUCAUCGUAGAUGUAACCCAUGACGACUAUGGGCUGUACGACGGCAACCCUCAGACCGUUACGCCCAAGUCAGGCCAUGACGGAUGGCUCACAGCGGACUGGAAAUGGCUCCUCGGAAAGCCUGGAUUCCAGAUGGACGGAUGGUCGCCGGAGGAGGUGGCUAAGAGAGUAUGCUUCAUUCUCUGGUCGAGCGGUACAUCGGGGAAGAGCAAGGGUGUUGUCUUGAGCCAUAGAGCUGUUUGCGCCGGGGUUGUUACACAGAGGUAUGGACAGCAAUGGAUGGGGCCGGAUGAAGUUGAAGUCGCGUUUGUACCUUUCUUCCAUGUUCUUGGAUUGGCGUGCGUCGCCUUGCUCGGCCCGGCUAUGGGUGUUUCUAUCGUGGUUCUUCCUCGUUUCGAGCUAGAGCUCUUCCUCCGCUUGGUGGAAGCGCAUCGAGCUACAUAUAUCCACAUGGCCCCACCUGUUGCGGUCGCUUUAGCAAAGACCCCCCUGUUGGGAAAAUACGAUUUAUCCUCACUGCGAGGCUGUUCCUCAGGCGGUGCUCCUCUAGCAGCGGACGUCAUUCGGACAGUGUACGACCGACUGGGCGUCAUGAUCAAACUUGGCUACGGGUCCAGCGAAGCAGGCGGGAUCACGGCGCAGUACGCUGACACAUGGGAGGAACUCAAACCGUUACUGGGCAAUACUGGUAAGCCCACGCCUGGUCUUGUGGUCAAGAUCGUCGACGCGGAAGGGUCGGGACGAACAUUGCCGUUGGGAGAGGAGGGCGAAAUUUGGAUAAAGUCGCCCGCGUUAAUGUCAGGGUAUCUGAAUGACCCGGAGUCCACGAGCGAGGCACUGACGCCGGAUGGGUGGUAUCGUUCCGGCGACAUCGGUAAGCUGGACAAGUCUGACAACCUUCAAAUAACGGACCGCAUGAAGGACAUGAUCAAAUCCUCUGGCUUCCAGUGCUCGCCGGUCGAGAUCGAGGGCGUGUUAGCAGGCCACCCACAAGUUGCAGACGUCGCCGUCGGCGCUAUCUACAGCCCUGAGGAUGCCACGGAAUACCCCAGGGCGUAUGUCGUGCCUAUGGACCGAUCGCUCUUGGAGAAGUCGGUAAAGAGCAACAAGCCAUGCGCUGAACUUGUCGCAUUGGCGGAUGAACUUAAUAAACGCGUUGAGACGAGGCUGAUUAAGUAUAAAUGGUUGAAGGGUGGUAUCCUGUUCAUAGACCAGGUGCCCAAGAACCCAUCGGGAAAGAUCCUGCGACGUCUCUUCAAGGACUGCAAAGGGAUAGAAGUGCAGUUGUACGAACAGGGCAAAUACUCAAAUUCACGACAGGCCAAGUUGUAGGCAGUUCGUUUCGCGUGUCGUGAUGGUUUCGUGGAGGAGUCAUUACACCUCUGUACCACCAUUACAUUGUAUCUCUGGUCUUGGUAGUUAGUGGGAAUUGAGUGUAAUGUAUGGAAGGCAUGCAGUCUGAACUCGAGUAGAGGUGGCC